AUGCACUUCAUCAACACCCUCCUCUCCCUCGCCGGUGCUGCGACACUAGCCAGUGCCUUGGGCAGCAGCUGUCAAGAUAGCGGUGUCUGCGCGGGCAUCAAUGCCAACCUGAGUUCAGCCAUUGAACAGCUGAAGGGGAUGGACCAGCACCAGAGAUUCUCAGACGGACAGCUCAUCACCUGCGUCGACACAGACAGUGAGGGCAGCUCCUCCCUCUGUCUCUCCUACCAGGACACUGGUCGAUCAUGGACCGUUUUCCAGACCGCCUGGUUUGCCCAGACACUGAUAGAGCAAGGAUGCCAGGCCUGUGGAAGCCUAUCCUUGGGCUCGGAUCAUGGAGUGCUGGCCUCCAACGUUAUCACAAAGACGGCUGGCGGCCUGGACACCUCCGAAGCUCGUCGUGGAAUGGACAUGGUUCAAUUGGUAGCAAGAGCUGGGAACCGAUGA